CUGCAGAUAUUAUCACUGUAUGUGGCAGGUUUUAAUAUUAUGGCAGUCAUAAACGUCAUAAAUACUUCAGCAGUCAUUGCUGAAAGUAAAUAACAAAAACUGCAGUAUUUGAUUUUGAAAGCACAUAAUCGAUGACAUUUGUGGUUACGUAAUGGACGAGAUUAGACAUUUCAGGGCCGUGAAGGAUUAAAGCAGUGCUGUGAUAAAUUCGCUAGAGAAAAUGGUCAGUACAUUUGGGAGCAAGUUUUGGUUUCCGGUAAUGUAUUUUAAACUACUGACCAUGCUAUGAUUCACAGAUGGCUGUUAAUUUCCAGGAAAUCAAAUUCAUACAGCUGUUUUUAAUAAAGGACAAAGAUGUGACCUUUACUGGUGACUCUACAUUUCUCCAGACUUACACUCUAGAUGUUAAUGCAGGUCAUAUAACACAAGACUCAAGAAACAUGUUAUCACGAGGCAUACGUCUCUCUUCAAAUAGUGAUGAGAAGAAUUGUGAACAUGUUUCUUCAUCACUGCAACAGCUUUUCAAAUGCCCUAUGUGUGAGAAAAUUGUUUUUGAGAAUGGAAACUCAGCAACAGAGGCACCACGUCACUGCUCUGAAUGUAUAAAGAAAUUUAAUAUGCGGCACUUUUUGGAGUCACAAGAUGAUUCUGUCAUUUCAAACAAGCCCUGUAAAUGUACAACUUGUGGUAAGGCAUUCCGAUACAUGAGUUCACUAAACAGGCAUCUAGUUGUGCACUCUGGAGAGAAACGUUACACUUGCCCUGUGUGCAGCAAGGCAUUCACACAACAAGCACACCUUAAGACUCAUGCAUCAAUGCACACAGGGGAAAAACCUUUCCGGUGUCCUGUAUGCAACUUGGCCUUCUCAAGGAAAGGAAAUCUUAAGAGACAUCUUCAAGUACACAAAGGAGUUAAAUUUUAUGAAUGUGAUGCUUGCAAACCGCGUCAAGUGCACCGAAACAACUAAUCUAUGAACAAGUUUUCCUUGUUGAUAAAUGAAAUGAUUUUUUUGAUGAAAUGAUGAAUUUUGUUUUACAGUAUGGCUGCAAGUUAUCUAAAAAAUGUAGGAUGCCCAGUGUAAUCUGCUAAUUCUAGGCCACAAAGUAACUUGUUCUUAGUGUAAUAUCCUUUAUGAAAUAUGCGGUGGAUAUUGAAUGCUCUUUUUAAACUUCUGCCAUUGUAAUUGAAAGCAAGUAAAUAGCUUCCUAAUGUUGCAGUUCUGUGUAUAAAUACUCAUAACAUUGUAAGUCCAUUGAAGGUUUGAUUAAAAUCUCAUUUGUACAAAUAUCA